AUGCAGUCUCUUUUUCGUACUCGUGUCAGUAAACGACGCUUUUUUAUUAUCCUUGUUGUCUUCUCUCUUGCUUCAUUCACCAUCCUCUUUCAACAUGGACUGUCAUCGCCCUCUCUUUAUACCACUGACAAGAAGAUACCCAACAAACCAUCCUUGUUUAUUGCUGCCAACUUGUAUAACAACGAGCCUAUUCUCAACUAUUGGAUGACUGAAGUCGAGCGACUGGCACAGUGGGCAGGUCCUUCUCGUGUGUUUAUCUCUGUAUAUGAGAAUGGUAGCAAAGAUCAAACCAAAAAGAUACUGGCCUCUUGGCGAGAUCGAUUGGAAGAAUUGGAUAUCCCACACAGCAUCGUUACAGACGACCAACCAAAGAUCACAGCCGACUCGAUCAGGCGGAUUGUAACACUGGCCAAUGUGCGUAACCAGGCGUUGGCACCCCUCUUUGAAAACGCCAAUGGAUCAUCAUCAUCAUCAUCAUCUUCCUCCUACGACCGUAUCGUCUACCUAAACGACAUUGUAUUCCGCUUGGAGGAUGUUUUAAAGUUACUCGAUACCAAUGGUGGUGAUUUUGAUGCAGCAUGUGGUCUUGAUUUCUUUGGUCGCUUUUACGAUGUGUUCGCCACACGUGAAAUUGAUGGUCGAUGGGUGGGUUCAGGCGACUACCCCUACUUUGCUGAUGAAACGAGUCAAAAGCUGCUACGACAAGGACAACCGGUACCUGUUUAUAGUUGCUGGAAUGGAAUGGCCGUGUUUGCUGCAGAGCCCUUUAUCAAUCACCAUCUCCAAUUUCGAGCCAUAUUGCCAAAGGAACCACAACCACCCGUCGAAGCAUCCGAAUGCUGUCUCAUUUUCACUGAUUUGCGCGAUGUACAAAAGGACGCACGUGUAUUUAUUAAUCCCAAAGUCAGGGUCGCUUAUGACUUGUUCCAUUACUGGUAUGCUCGUACGAUACUCCCACUUUGGAACCCAUUCAUGCUACUGUACAAUCACCCAAAUCACGACAUGGACAAUGAAAAGGAAGCUGAAUGGACAUAUCAGGUUCACAAGGCAUAUGACAUGGGGGUCGAUGAACGCGAUUACAUCUGUUUGCAGCCUCGGUAG